UUUUUUUAUGGAGGAAAAUUCUCAAACCACAGGAAAUCCUAUUUGAUAGCUUCAAAAGGAAAAAAAACUUUCCCCAAAACAGCUGUGUGGUUCUCUUUUCAAGUUUUUAACUCAAAGGAAAAUAGAAAUGAUGCACACCCCGAGGACUAUGUGAGCAAUUAUCUGUGGAUCUAAGUCCAAAAACACAAGAAAAGGAGAAGAAACAGAGCCCAUAUUUGUGGGAACUGACUAACAUGGCCACUGAGUCUUCCCAUGCUGCCUAUGCUGCUGUGGCCCCUUCUGUGAUCCCCAUAUCCCCAUCAUCAGGAAAGCUGCUGAAGAUGUUUCGUGAAUACCAGAGCAACGCAGUCAUCUUAGAACAUUACAACUACACUGGCAAACUGAAGGAGAACAAGUACAAGGAAGGACUCAAACCAGAGACCAUAGCUUUUCUCUUGGUCUGUCUGCUCAUAGUUGUAGAAAAUGCCGUGGUGCUGCUCGCCAUUUGGAAGAACAAGAAAUUCCAUGUGCCCAUGUACUAUUUACUGGGCAACCUGACCCUCUCUGACCUGCUCGCAGGUUUCACCUACAUGGUAAACCUCAUAACAUCAGGUGCCAACACACUGAGCAUGACCCCAGUGCUGUGGUUCCUGCGGGAGGGGGGUGUGUUCAUCAUGCUGGCUGCCUCUGUCAUUAGUCUACUGGCCAUCGCCAUAGAGCGCCAUGUCACCAUGGUCAGGAUGAAGCCUUACCAGGGCGACAAACAGGGACGGAUGUUUGCUCUGAUUGGAGCGAGCUGGGUGUUGUCAGUGUUCCUGGGGGUUCUGCCUGUCCUGGGUUGGAACUGCAUGGGUCAUCUGGACCAGUGCUCCACAGUGCUGCCGCUCUUUGCCAAAAGUUACAUCCUCUUCUGCAUCACCGUCUUCAGUGCCAUCCUCAUGUCCAUCGUGGUUCUGUACGUUCGCAUCUUCCGCAUCGUCAAGUCCAACACGCAGCGCCUUGCCUCGGUUCCACAGCGCAAAGGCCUUUACCGCAAGUCCCAGAAGUACAUGGCCCUGCUGAAGACGGUCACCAUAGUCCUGGGAGUCUUCAUUGCAUGUUGGCUGCCCCUCUUCAUCUUCCUGCUGCUGGACUUCUGCUGUCCGGCCAAAAGCUGCGAGGUGCUCUUUAAGGCAGACUACUUCCUGGGCAUCGCUAUGUUUAACUCCCUCCUGAACCCCAUCAUCUACACCCUGACCAGCAAGGACAUGAGGAAGGCCAUCAUCAGGCUGCUCUGCCGACCUUGCCUCUUAACAAAAGACGGGCAGGUGAAGAAGAUCGGGAUUCCCUUCCUGGAAUGCAGCACCAGCAAAGCGGACGCAGCCUCUCACAGACUGGAGGGACUGGAGACGACGGUGUCCUCUGGUAACUUCACUCCUUCAACCAUCAAAGCCAUUUAUCCAAGAAUGAGCAAGACAUGACACAUGACUUAACACUGAGAGAGUGAGCACUCAGACUUUUAACUGGACCACUUAGAAAACCAGACUGCUUCUCUCUAGACAGAGUUGGAAACACGUGCCGUAGUGGAGCAAAUGUGAGAAGUUUUACGUUGCACUCUGUCACAGUUUUGUUGUUUUUAAUCUUUGUGAUCAGAAUAAGCUCAUUGUGUUUGAUAAAUGUCAAUAUUGGGAGAAAGACUAACUCUUCAUUACCAGUUUAAAAGAGAAAAACAUGCCUUAAGGUUAAAAACAAACAACUAGUAUUACAAAACAGGGCCAGUAUUUGCCAGGUGAUGUUAUAACUGGCAAAAUGGCAAAAAAAGACCAGGGCCAAAGGCUGGGCCUGCGAUUUAUCCUUAUCUCCUGUGCAGCGUUUAAUGAUAUGUUGUUACAAACACAGAGCAUCCACACCCAAACUCUGCUGCCAAACCCAUGUAAUUUCUACCAUGUGAGUUUUGGUCAGCACCAAUGCUGGGGAGAGGUCCCCCCUCCACCAACAUCAGAGGCUCCGUGGCCUGGAGACGCUCUGCAGACGUCAUAUGGCAAGUCGAGCUGGGUGGUUUGCCGCUUUGGAGGUCCCUUCAACAUGUGUAGAAACACAGAAUGAAUGACUGGGAGCUAUAAAAGCUGACAGUGGAGGUUUGUUGACGCCUUCUUGGUUUAACAAACUACAAUAUUGCAGUUAUAAUGUGCUACAGUUUGUGGACAACAAAGAAAGUCUUCUGGGAUGAAACUAAUCAUCUUACCAUGAAAUGAUCUUCUGUACCUAUUUUUGUCAAGGAAGACGAGACGGGGAGAUAAAUGUAGUCUUACAUUUCAGAUCUGUCAAAUCCCAGACGACAGUGUGUGAGCUUUAUAGUACUGGGGAUCUCACUGUGGUAGUUAUUUUGAACAUAAACAUGGACACUUUCCCUAAUUGUAGUUUUGUACAUAAAUGAAGAGACAAACAAAAAUAUAUUUUGACUGACGUUGUUAGUACACUUUGUAAAUAUAUCUAUAGCCGUUUUGUAUUGUAAAAAAAAGUCUUUUAACUUAUGUCAGUUUUAUAUGUGCACUGAAUAAACAUGUGAAUUAAGU